GGGAAGGAGCAUUCUCUUGAACGUUAUGGAAGCAUGCUAACAAGGCCUAACGUAGGGUCCACGGUAAAAACAAACGUCUAGGACAAAGAAGAACGCAAAACCAUGGGUGAAGGUGGAAAUAAUGACAGUAGUACUCAUGCAAACCAGCUUGAAAAUAAAAUCAUUCGGCAGGUCGAGUACUACUUUGGUGACAAAAAUCUUCCAAGAGAUAAAUUCCUUCAAGACAAGAUUAAUCAAGAAAAUGGAUGGGUUUCACUGGAAUGUCUCAUUACAUUUAACCGGUUGAAGAUAUUGUCAACAGAUUUUGAUGUGAUCUUGGGAGCUCUGGAGAAGUCAAAAACUGGUUUACUGGAGCUGGAUAAAGACAACAAGAAAAUAAGAAGAAACCCACAGAAAGAGGUUCCAUCAACACUUGAUCCCAUUAUGAUGAAAGCCUCAAAGCAAAAAACAUUAUAUGUGAAAGGAUUUCCAACUGACUACACCCUUGACCAAGUAGAGGAGUUCUUUGAAGGAAAAGGGGAGACCAUCUUCAUCAAAAUGAGAAGAGAUGGUGAGAAUUUCAAAGGCUCCGUAUUUGUUGAGUUUGCUACCACAGAAAUGGCAAAAAAAUUCUUAGAUAUGGAAGACCUAAAAAUUGGAGAUACAGUUCUAUUAAAGAUGACAAGGGAUGACUAUUAUAAGAAAAAGGACGAAGAGAAAAAGAGUGAAAAGAAAAACAAAUCAAAUACUGAUGGCCAAAAAGAAGAAGAGGUAGAAGAUCCAUUUGUCAAAGGGUGUGUGAUUUAUUUUAAUGGUGCAGGGGAAGGCACAUCUCGUGAAGACUUGAAGGCUCUAUUUGGAGAGCAUCACGAAAUAUCUUGGGUGGAUUUCAACAGAAACGAUACCGAGGGUCAUGUGCGGUUCAAGGAAGAAGGAGCUGCACAGAAAGCCAUCGAUGCAGUUAAAACAGCAAACGAUGACAAGGUCAUGAUUAAAGGGGUGGAAGCGACAGUUCGUAUCCUAGAAGGAGACGAAGAAAAAGCUUUCUGGGAAAAAUCACAAAAAGAAAGAGAGAUGUUGCGACAAAAAAGAGGAAAAGGAAAGCGAAAGCCCGUAAGAUAUCAAAAGAGGACGAGGCAUUCCGCUGGCAGUGGUUCUGCAAACGGAGAACAGAAACCGACUGGCAAGCAUAAGAGGUUCGAUGAUGACGAAGAGCAUGAGCAGGUUGCAUCGGAAGAGAAACCCAAUGCAAAAGAAAGCAAAGAAAAACAAUCUGAGGAUGAACCGGCUGUGAAGAAAGGAAAAACAGAAUAGAGGUUUGAUUCAGUUUCAAAGCAUUCGAUGAAUGCAGCAAAAGAACGGUUUUCUUGAUGGAAGCAGUUUCAGUGACAGCAUUAUUUAGAGUUGAUGCAGAGCUUAUCCUGUUUAGAUAUUAUUAUCACCGAACGUUAGAUGAUUUUCUAAAAUGUAGGUAUGAUUACUAAAAAUAGUUCUACGUCACCAGGGAGACUAUAGAAGCCAAACGUGAUAUUUGUAGGUCGGGUAAAUUGGGACAUUGUUUACUUUCCAUUUGGAUUGACUAAAUCGGCCGUUUAUGCAUAGCACUUUGCUAUUCACCGCAAAAGUGGAAAUUUAGAAUUUUAUGAAUCCAUCCUUGAAACUUUGUAGGUCUCUUCAAUA